UCCUGCUCUCUGCACUGUGCCUCCUCUGGGUGCAGGCCGCCCUGGCAGGCGGAGUCACGGUGCAGCCAGGGCACGGGCCUGACAUCCUGAGGUCCUAACGGAAGGGCGUGUCCAGUGGCAUGGAUGCCAGCAGCAGGCCAGUUUGGCACCUGCAGAGGCCCCUGCUCUCUAUCACAUCACAGCAGGCCCCAGGAGGGCCUUUGAUUCCUUCUCAGACAUCACCCAGGCAGCAGGCUGGAGCUGGGGGCCGGGUGAUCAGCUGGCACCGCUCUCAGGCAGGGGUGAAGACAGCCUGCGCAUGGCCACAGGAUGGAGAGUUCUCCUUUUCUCUGGAGUCAGUGAAGAAGCUCAAGGACCUCCGGGAGCUCCAGGCGCCCAGCACUAGGAACCGCAGAGAGGUUGAUGGAUCCCUGGCUCCCAUCCUUUGUAGGUACCCGAAGUUUCCGGAAGAACUCAAGCCUAUCUGCAAAGAGCGCAACGCCCGGGAGAUCCUCCAGAGGCUGGAGACCAUCGCCCAGGACCCACGCAUGUGUGAGAUCUGUGCCUUCGCUGCCUGUGCCGGAUGCUAGGACGGCUGGUGCUCGCUGUCUUCUGCCCCUCCCCUGCAGGAUGCUCCCACUGCCCGCAGCGCAAGCUGCCAUGCCCCUCAACGGAGGAGGGUGGAGUGAGGAGAGAGCAGCCUGCAGAGGCCCAGCCCCUGACCCCAUCGGAGCUGCUGGGUGCUUCCCAAGACCCGCUCCAACC